AUGCCCGAGUAUAUCCAAGAGGUCAGUAAGGCCUUCCCGGGUGUUCUGGAUGCCAUGGAGGGAAUACGCAAUCUCGGUUGCAUCAAUGGAACCGCCCUCCUGUCAACCUCGUUUAAGGCCGACACGGUCGGGGGCGACCGCCGGCCCAAGGUCAUGGACUGGGCCAUCCAUGGCGGCCAACCUGGGGGCGGCAUGGAGUCUCGAAUCGGACGUGGGAGCGAUCCCAUCUUUCUGCACGUGCACUUGAAGAAGCACCUUCGCUGGCAGUGUCGCGAGAAAAGUCCCUUCCUCUCGGCGACCCACUCACGGGGCAAGCCCUAUCGCAUCGCCUCGCUCUACGAACACAAGGGCUACGAGAACAUCCAUAUCAUCGAGUUUCGUCUGAAGAAGGACGACCGGCACUACCUCGACGACGAGUUUCUCAUCGAGCACUCGAUACCGGCGGAGAGUACCAUCUGUCGCUACAGCUGGAAGGACGACAAGACGGUGCUUGAUCGCCGCGGCGACAUAGCGACAGGAGCAGUCGCAGAGUUGGCCGAAAGGGUCAAGGACCGGCGCGCGGCUAAGGAGCGCGAGCUCGAUGACGGCGGCGAUGGCAACAGAAAUGGCGAGCCUGAGACUCGGACUUUCGCUCGCAAGGUUGGCAAGAGGUUCAAGAUCGGCCCGAAGAUGGGUCCCAACUUGGGCACUUGAGAAGCUGAUGACCGAGCCCUUUGACCAUAGUUUUGAUUCGCAGGUGGUGCAGUUCGAAUCUAGUAUUGGUCGUUGGUAGUUACAAGACGGCUUUGCAGUGCCGCGAACGUCAACUCGGUAUCCUCUCUGCGAAAGCCCUCUCGAUACCAACAGUGCAAUGACU